UCUUCAUCACACUCUUUCCUUCUACCACAUUUCUUUCAUCUAACAAACUUAAGCUUUGCAAAAUCGAAUCAUGUCUUUGUUAACUAUGGGCGAUGAACACAGAGGCACAAUCGAGAAUAUCUCGACAUUUGAUCCGAAGCGGUUUAGAUGUCGUGUACAUGAAUAUGUACCCCACGAUCCUUUAAUAGAACCAUAUAUUAGAGGAUGUGGAUUUGGAAAUCUCCUAAACAUUGUUUCGUACUCGGUGGACUACAAGUUCAUCCUAGCUUUGUUGGAGAGGUGGAGACCCGAGACCCACACAUUUCACCUUCCGAUUGGUGAGUGUACCGUCACACUUGAGGACGUGUACAUGCUGUUGGGCCUUCGUAUAGAUGGAAAGGCAGUCAAUGGGAAAGUUAACCAUGUCAACGACAUAUGCAAUGAAUUACUGGGUGCCUCUUUGUUAGACGACGAACCUGAGGGAGACACAUCCAGUCAAGCAAGGGGGCAAGGAUUCCGAAGUCAUAUUGAACAUGAUGUGAAUGUAAAAGCAAAAAUAAUUUUAACAUGA